CUAUUGUCCACAGGAGAAGAAGAAACGAUGGCCAAGAAGAAGAAGGGGAAGUCCAGACGUGCAGCGCAGGGGGCGCCGUCGGACGGCGAGACAGCGAUCGGCAGAAAUAAGAUGCAGACGGGAACUGAUCCGCCUUGUGCUAUCAUCAAGCAUCGCAUCCCCGAGCACUACGUGCGGUUCAUCCUGGACCAGACGAGCGAGUCGCCCAUGGAAGAGGAGGAGAUCUCGUACCUACGGAGAAACCCGUCCCUGCUCCCUGGCUGCUCCGUCGACGAGGUGGCCGCCCGGCACAAGAGGAUUGACGACGGCUUCGAGCGCUUCAAGACCCAGGUCCGCGACCAGUGGUUCGCCAACGGGUACGUCGAGGUGGACUACGACUACGUCGGGCACAUAACAGCGGCGGAGGAGGAGGACCGGGCGCUGUGGCAGGAGCUGAGGAGGAAGCGAGGCAUGACUAACCUCAAGUAUGCCGACCCCAACGAUCCCGUAUACGCCGACUUCUACGAUGCCUAGCCUUAGCUAGGUAGGUCUUCAUGGCGUACUCACCUUGCUCCGGUUUCGACAUGGUUCAUGUCUAUAUUAUUUGGUACUGUUUCAUACAUACACUUGAUUAUAACUAGCUAGGGGCGUGGAUGAUAGGGAAAGCAACACUGGCAUCAAACUAUAUUUCUUGGUUUUCCAACUGUUAGGAUUAAUUAAUUAGUUUAAUUAGUUAGAAUCUCUAUCUGUGGAACGGACAGUCGGUUUCGCUCCCGAACGAUCGCAUCCUAUUAGCAACGGACGCGUCGUUCCAAUCGUGCCUAU